AUGGUAAACCUCUCUUUCAUUUCAGUUUGCAAGGAUCCACCAUACAAAGUGGAGGAGUCUGGAUACGCAGGCUUCAUCUUGCCUAUUGAAGUUUACUUCAAAAACAAGGAAGAACCGAAGAAAGUUCGCUUUGACUACGACCUGUUCCUCCACCUGGAGGGCCACCCACCUGUCAAUCAUCUCCGCUGUGAGAAGCUCACCUUCAACAACCCAACGGAGGAGUUUCGUAGGAAGCUACUGAAAGCUGGAGGGCAGCGGGAUCCUCAUAAACGAAGUUCAGAAGACUCAAAAGUGAUGGUGAUGCAGGAAGGCUCCACCUCACUGUUUGGCCAGCACCUGAAGCUGCCCACACUUCCCAACAGCUCGCUCACAUCCACGUUCUCCGACCCAAAGAAGAGCAAAAGCUUCCUUGGGUCAAAGGAUGGCUCCAAAGGAAGUGGCACCACCCUCCUCACCACCGCCACAACCACCAGCACCAACAGCAGCAGCUUCUCCAAACUCCACAAACCUUCCAAGGACCAUAAAGACAAACCCCCAAAAGACUUGAAAGAACCCAAAAGUGCCUUCAGAGACUCUGGCUGGGAAACCAGCAAAGCCCCCAAAGAACCUUCCAGGAAACCCAAAGAGAACCAGCCACUUAGAGAUAUCAAUCCUAAGAUGGGCUUCAAGGAACCCAAGUCUUUGUCCAAGGAGCAUCGGACUGAGGGGAUCACCCACGGGUCAGGGCUCAACAAGCGUCUGUCCGCCCCUGAUGGCGACGAUCAUGCGGCCAAAAAACGUAAAAAGGGAUUUGUAGAUUCAUCAGGGAAGCAGCUGUCGGGUUCAGAUGCUCAACAUUCAGAUAAUAAACUGUUGAAGGAUAGAUCGCAAAUUCGAACAAAUAAAUUACGACCAGAUGGUGACGAGACUGAGCGCAGGAAGGUGUCAAAACUUCCUCCAUUCCAGCAACUGGUGGAUCCCAAUGACUCUGAUAUGGAGGACCAGUCCACCAAAUCAGAUUCUGAACAGCCCAGUCCAGCCAGUUCCAGCUCCAGUUCAGGCUUCGUGCCCACACACCACAAACGACAAGUGGUGGACUUCAUCAUCAGGAAGAGGGUGGCUCUUCCUGCCACCACCCACACAGUUCUGGGCCCGCUGCAGUCAGUGAUGCAGGAUCUGCACUCAGACGACAAUGACGAGGAUUCAGAGGACGAUGAUGACAACGACAUGGACUCUGACAUGGAGCGACUCGCACACACACACCUCACACACCACCAACGCAGGGUCAGUUUGAGUGAUGGCAGUGAGAGUGACAGCUCCUCGCCCUCACCCCCCUCCCACAACGAGGCCCCGCCCUUAUUAAAGACUACUAAUAACCAGAUACUGGAGGUGAAGAGUCCCACCAAGCAGAGCAAACAGGACAAGAAUAAGAACAUAGACUGUGACAAGGCAUACCUGGAUGAGCUGGUGGAGCUGCACAAAAGACUGAUGACACUAAGAGAAGGUCACAUACUGCAACAGAUUGUGAACCUGAUUGAAGAGACUGGACACUUCCACAUCACAAACACUACUUUUGACUUCGACCUUUGCUCCUUGGACAGAAGUACAGUUAGGAAACUCCAGAGUUACCUGGAAACCUCGGGACUGUCCUGAGGCUCUGAGCAGCUGGCUGCUGGAUCUCUGUCUCCACAAAGACUUUCGAUUUUUCUUGAAUAAACUCCCAACUUUGGAUGCAAUGCAAAAGCCCCACUGUGGCUGGGUCCAGUUGCUGUGUGUCCAGCCUGCUGCUGGACUGGGCUCUCUGGAUGAAGAGGUCGUCCCACUGCAGACACCAGGGCCAGGUGUGGUGGGGAUGAGCCCUGUCGAUCAGGAGAUCACCCGGAAAGCCUUGAAAACUUCACUUGAUUUAAAAAAAAUAAAUAAAAAAUAAAAAAAUUGUGGGGAGUGGCUACCGUGUUGCUCUUA